AUGUUCCGGAUGCCACCUCGCCGUCCCCGAUCUGCCCGACGGAAGUGUGACGGAGUUUUGCAGCCACCAAGUCCAUCGGAUUCUGGGUAUAGUUCCGCAGAAGAUGUUUUGGAAUACUCGCACAAUACCCACAAGAGAUACCUCCAUUCUUUCGAUGGUUCUGGUCCAGAUGGUACGCCUAUGCUGAAACUACUCGGGAAUGAGGAGAAAAUACCCCCUGCGGGCAAACAGAAGGAGGUUCAGGUUGGAAUUACUACAACACCCGAGCAUCAUCAUCACAGGCAGAAACCAAACGUUGUUUCUCCCUUCAUUUGUCCGCAAAGUCCGAAGCGCUUGCCCCUGCAAGAUAAAAGAAUUGACCACAACAGAAGCCUGGAUAGAUACGUUCCAAGACGUGACUUCGUCUCUCCGUCAUCUGAAAGAUAUCGGACUACCAAACAAAGUCAGGAUUUGUCUAGAGAAGAGCGCUUGAAGCGCAACAAGAGUGCCUCGGCCGAUCCCUUUGUUCUCAAACGUCGUGUUCUGGACCCUGACCCACGUUUCCCUUUCAGAGUUGACGACACCGGUCGAGAUAGAGGUGUAGCUCUGGGCCAGCUCCCACAGAACCGAGGAGGCGAGCGCCAGGUCAGCAUGGGAGCCAUGUGGUCAGUUGGAGGUGUUGCACCUAGCACAAUUGCGGUCGAUGACGGACAAGGACAUCUCGUCCGACGUAGAACGAAUGCCCGCUUAUUUCCCACCCCUUUGCAAGAAGGACUUGUCAGCACGUCGGUCGAGAAAGAGAAGCAUGAGGGCCGCAUUGCUUCAGCUCUGAAGAUCGAUCAGGUUCGCAAGAUCCUUGAGUUCGCGGAGAAUCAGCAGAUACCCCGAGGCCUAAGACGCCAUGCUCAGCAGACAGAGUUCAGCCAAACAAGUUGGAAUGGGUAUCAGUGGGCCAACAAAGAGGAGUGGUCAGCCCCCAUGAGACCAGCAAGACAACGGCUUCUCCCAGCAGCUCCGUUCAGGGUGCUUGAUGCGCCGAACCUCAAAGAUGACUUUUACUGCUCACCAUUAGCAUACUCAGCUACCACGCAUACCCUAGUUGUUUGUCUGGGAAGUAUGCUCUACGCUUGGUCUGAGUUCCGAGGCGUUCAGUUGCUCCAUGGUGCUCAUCCCGACAUCUAG